AUGACUAAUACGAGGAACUUGUCCGAGUUCACUGCGCAGAAACGCUUCCACCAGCGAUUCGUUCUACCCGCAACGGAAGAUCAUGGCCCGAUUGCGGUCACAUAUGCAGAUGUUGGGCCGCGUCAGAAUGAAGAUGGAUCCCCAGUGCCGGUCAUUCUGGCCGUGCCUGGGAUGGCGGGCAGCCGACUGUGGCUAUACCACCAAGAUCACUUGGCGAAUGUGAUUGGAGUUCGAUUACUCUCAAUUGAUCGUCCUGGGAUAGGCGGAUCCACGCCCGUACCUGUCGAAAAGCGAGUCUCUAUCUGGCUGGAAACGGUCACAGCACUACUGGACCACUUGUCGGUCCCGCAUGUGGUGCCUAUAUCACACAGUGCAGGUACGAUCUACCUGCUGAAUCUACUUGCAUGCAGGAGGGACCUGCUAUGGCCACGGAAACCAAUCGCAAUGCUGCUUGCCCCAUGGGUUGAACCCAAGCAUUCCGAUGUAUUGUCCAUGCAGAUGGCUCGGAUGCUCCCCACAGGGAUGUUGAAUCAAUGGAACAAGCUCAUUCAAUUCUCCUUGACCAAGAUAGCACCGACCUUUGGUGCCAGUGCCGGGAUCCUAGCGAAUUUGUCUUCCAGCUUGCCCAGCAUGGGAAAAGGUCCGAUUUCUGAAGGAACGGACCCGUGCCUUGCCACCUACGGAAUGUCGGCAGAAGCUGUGGAGACCCUAGAGAAGAUCACUCUGGAGUAUAUGUUCAAAGAGAACUCCACAGGGAUCAAUGAUGAGGCGAUAGUCUGCCUGAAGAAAGGCACGUCAGGACUGUGGGGCGCUUGUGAGGAUCUCCCGGCAUAUGUCCGGCAUAUGGUGCAGGCCGGGCGAGACCGUACGCAACAGCAUCCACAGGAGGAACCUCUACGGCUCAAAGGUGUUUUCGCAGAGAAAGAUGGUAUGAUCGGAUAUAAGGGACAGCAGUACUUCGAGCAGUGCUUCACGCGUGACAAUUUGGGAGGGGUGGUUUCUUUUGAAUCGGUCGUCAUACCGGGAACCGAGCACGAUUCAGUCUGGUCAACGCGGACUGGAGUAUUGGAGAAACUCCUGUGGGAGAUUAAAAAAAUGGCGCAAUGA